UUUUUGCAAUUCCCAGAGGAAACAGGCCAUUUCAAAAGCACCGUAGGAGCCUGUGGCUGCAAGCCAUCAAAAGAACCGACUGGACCGAGAGCAUCAUCAAGAACGCCCGCGUUUGCGGUGCUCAUUUCAUAUCUGGUGAGGAGAAUAACAGUAGGUCCUGAGUCUAUUGAGUCCUAUGGGAAAAGUGAACGUGAGCACAGAUUAUUACCGAUUCCUUCGCCCCAUAGUAACCUAAGUAAAUAUGGGACCCAUUUUCCAAAAGCCACAAACCUUCUGAACAUUCUGACACCAAAAUGGCAAUUUUCAGACCGACAGAUUAGGAGAAAAUGAACUUUGUUUGAGACCUGUCUCCGUCUGAGCAACACACUCUCGCGAGAUUUGGCUCUCAUUGUUUUCCCAUCGGAUAAAAUUAAGUUUAAAACUAAAAUAAAACUUGCUUCUUUGCUUAAUAAUACUGUUAUUUUUAUUAUUUAAGUCUUUUUGGAAGAAAGUUGUACUGUAUCUAGUGUUGUAUGUUCCAAAACGAUGUGGAUUGAGUAACUGUAAGUAGAGUUUUUUCAGCCUACGUCACAUAAUGCUGCGCGCGCAUGUUGGUCCCGGAAGCGGCGUUGUUGUGACUGAAACACGUGGUGGCAACUGGUUAGAAAGCAUUUAACAAACUGUUCCCAGCAUCAACAUGUCUGGUUGUUGCGUAAACGGGUGUACGAAUCGCCAUUCCCCCGGCGGACUAAAGUUUUAUCGGAUUCCGAGAGGAUCUCGACCGUUUCAGAGCAACCGGCGGCGUCUGUGGCUGCAGGCGAUUAAACGUGAGGACUGGAAUGAGGACGUAAUCAAAAAUGCUCGCGUCUGCGGCGCCCACUUUAUAUCAGGCGAGGCGUCAUUGGAGUAUGAUAGUCCGGAUUUUGUGCCAUCCGUGUUUGUGUCCACAAAACAAAGCCAGAAGCCAGAUGCAAAGAUGGACAGGAGUGUAUGCAGGAAGAAAGUGUUCAAGACGGCCCACUUUCAAAAGCAAGAGAAGACCUACUCCGAUCAUUGCUGUGUUCCACUUUGUACGGCAUCGGCCAAAUUUAACGGCGUGCUAAGCUUCCAUGGCUUCCCGACCCGUCUCGACCUGAGAAGACACUGGCUGAUAAACAUUCGCCGGGAUAAUUUCACCAUAACCUCUCACACUAACGUCUGCAGCAGACAUUUCGCCGCCGAUCAGCUCAUAGAGCCAAAAACCCUUAAUGGGCGAAGAAGGCUUAUUAAAGGUGCUGUACCGACGCUCUUUGAGUGGAAUGACUAUACCGUCCCUCCUGAGGAGCAAGAACAGCUCACAGAUGUCACCAUGGAUCACAACUACUGCUCAGUCCCUGAACCAUCUGCACCGGACACGUCCUUAUCAACUGUGGAAGACCUGACCGAAGAACUGCAGGAUCUGAGGAAGGAAAUGCAGGAGCUACGAGUUCAGCGAGAGUUUGGGUUGCAGCGGUUUGCUGGCUCCGACGCCGACAUCAGAUUCUAUACCAGGUUUCCAAGCUACAACCACCUGAUGGCGUUUUGGUUUUUGGUUGAGCCUUCCUUUAAUAAAAUGGUCCGGGUCUCAAGAGCCAAAUUAGCGAGGAGAAAUGAAGCGGGACAGCUGCUCCAGCCAAUCGACGAGUUCUUUCUUUUCCUCGUCUUCCUGUCGGUUGGUUUGAAGGAGAGGGACCUGGCGCAUCGAUUUAACAUCCACGAGUCCACAGUGAGCCGCAUUAUUGCAAAUUGGACACGUUGCCUAGCCACUUUACUGGGGUCCCAGUGCAUUUGGCUUACACCUGCAGAAGUGAAAGCUUACCUUCCCGAGGCAUUCAGAGACUUCCCAGACACCCAGGUGAUCCUAGAUGUCACAGAGCUGAGGUGGCAAACACCCGUCCUCCAAAGUGAGACGUACUGCACGCUGAAAGCCCUGGUCGGCAUCGCCCCACACGGUGCUGUGACAUUCGUCUCUGAUCUGUACGCUGGUUCAGUUAGCGACACGGAGAUAUUCAGACGGUCGGGAAUAUCUGAGCUGUUGACUGAAGACGUGGCAGUGAUGGCGGAUAAGGGCUUCCAAAUCAGCGACUGCUGCAAAUGCAGAGUGUACUGCCCGCCGUUUGUGUCUAAGCAGAAGCAGAUGCCGGCAGACCAGGUUAGGGAGACGCAGGCCAUGGCCAGACUGAGGGAUCAUGUGGAGCGUGUCAUUGGGAGGAUAAAACAGAACAAACUUUUUGAUGGUGUCAUCCUCCUAUCACAUGUCUAUAACAUCAAGCAGCUGUUUGCAGUAGCAUGUAUGCUGUCAAAUUAUCAGAACAAGGUAUUGGUUUAAAAAUGGGUCAAGUGAGACUAUUGUACAAUGAGUUUGAUGGCUCUAAAUGUACUUAAAAAGAAUAACAAUACAACAAUCUUCAGAAAUGUACAAAAGUACUGACUAUAAACAGGUUUAUGAACUUAUGUUUGUGAACUAAAUAGGAUACAAAUAGUGCAAAGAACUGAAUACUGCAAGGAGUGUUAAGAUAAACAGUAGUAGGGUAAAAAAAUAAAUGCUACUUUAUACAUACAGGACUGUCUCAGAAAAUUAGAAUAUUGUGAUUUUCUGUAAUGCAAUUACAAGAAAGAAAACUCAAAUAUCCUAUCUCAAAAAAUUAGAAUAUUCUGGGAAUCUUCAUCUUAAACUGUAAGCCAUAAUCAGCAAUAUUAAAAUAAUAAAAGGCUUGCAAUAUUUCAGUUGAUUUGUAAUGAAUCCAGAAUGUAUGACAUUUUUUUUUAAUUGCAUUACAGAAAAUAAAGAACUUUAUCACAAUAUUCUAAAUUUUCUGAGACAGUCCUGUAUAGUAUUUACAUUAAGUGCAUAUGGCAACCCAACCCUUAAUCCAUUUCUAGACCAUCUACAGUAUAUGUAAAGAGAUGAUUCUGAUUUCCCUACAAAAAUGCAAUGUUUUAACAUGUUUUAAAAACAAAUCACUUCAUACCAUUGUCUGAUAAAAUACUUGUUUUAUUAAUUCCCCACAAAAGUUGCAA